AUGGAGAAUCUUGACUUUCAGGUCCCUUGGCAUGUCCCAUGUGGUGGGGCCUGCUAUGGAGAUGGAAAUUUGGUUUUCAUUGCAAAUGAUUGGCAUACUGCAUUGUUGCCGGUAUAUCUAAAGGCAUAUUAUCGGGGUAAUGGAUUGAUGAAAUACACGAGGUCUGUCCUUGUAAUUCACAACAUAGCUCACCAGGGUCGUGGUCCAUUGUUUGAUUUUUUCUAUAUCGAUCUUCCUCCACAAUACUUGGGACUUUUUUUAGAAUCAGGUCUGAAGUCUGCAGAUCGUGUUGUUACAGUGAGUCAUGGAUAUGCCUGGGAGCUGAAAACUUCUAAAGGUGGUUGGGGUCUGCAUGGGAUAAUCAAUGAGAACGACUGGAAACUGAAGGGGAUAGUGAAUGGAAUUGAUACAAAAGAUUGGAGCCCAGAGUUGGAUGUAUACCUGAAAUCUGAUGGUUACACUAACUACUCCCUGGAGACCCUUCAGACUGGCAAGCAACAGUGCAAGGAAGCAUUACAGAAGGAGCUUGGUUUGCCCAUUCGUGGUGACAUCCCAUUGAUUGGAUUCAUAGGGAGAUUGGAUCCCCAGAAAGGUGUUGAUCUGAUAGCUGAGGCGGUUCCUUGGAUGAUGGGUCAGGAUGUGCAACUGGUCAUGUUGGGCACAGGAAGGCCUGACCUUGAGGAUAUGCUCAGGCAUUUUGAAAGUCAACACCACGACAAAAUUAGAGGAUGGGUUGGUUUUUCGGUAAAGACAGCUCACCGGAUAACUGCUGGUGCGGACAUAUUGCUGAUGCCAUCAAGAUUUGAGCCUUGUGGACUGAACCAGCUAUAUGCCAUGCGCUAUGGAACUAUUCCCGUUGUACAUGGUGUGGGAGGGCUGAGAGACACUGUGCAACCUUUUGAUCCUUUUAAUGAGACGGGACUUGGGUGGACAUUUGAUAGGGCCGAGGCAAACCUGCUGAUCAAUGCAUUGGGGAACUGCUUAUUGACUUACCGGCAGUACAAGGAGAGCUGGGGAGGGAUCCAGAGACGGGGGAUGAUGCAAGACCUCAGUUGGGACAAUGCUGCUCAGAAAUAUGAAGAAGUCCUUGUUGCUGCCAAGUACCAGUGGUGAAUUCUGUGCUAAACAUGUAUAAUUUAUUUUCUGGAAAGUUGUAUCUGCUUAUGUUUGAUAUUUUUGAGGUUUAUCCAUGCUGAAGUUAUUCUAAUGAGUAGAGGUUCUUUCAAGAAUGGCAAUUGCAUUAGUUUGCUG